GCUGUCACUCACAACAGGAAGAGUGGUAGUGCUAAACACUCACCGUUGUCACUGAGGAGUUAAGGAGAGGGGAAAAAAAAAGUUACGUGUUCAUAGUUUUAGAAACGAAGCUGGGAAACACAGAGGAGGGAAGUCCCCCGCAAAGUUGUCUUUCUUCCAGCCACCGAAGUUGCUCGUGAAGUAGGGCGACUUCACACAAACUCUUUCAGGAAGGCUAGCCAAGCUAAAGCUAACGUUAGCCGUGCGCUUGCUGCUGCGAGUAAAGGUUUCUGAAUUUUCGAGUUCCUGUUGACAACGCUUCGCUUUGUUUUACACGCGAAUUAUGGGGGGAGUAUAAUAGUUGGUUGUGGCGUAUCGCCGCAACAGGUUGUUUCAUACUUUUGCUGUAUCAUUUUUGUGUUUGUGCUUUAAAUUUCCCUCCUUACAAUCAGACGGUUUAACGGUGUCUGUGCCUACCUACCAAAUCAUUAGCAGACCUGUGCUAGUUAGCCACUAUCUCAGGUCGAAUGGAAUAAGUAGUUUUUCCCUCCCCCGUCAUACGUUUUUGAGCUUCAGUCCAGAGAUUACCGCCACACGGGUUUAUUUUGACUACUCAAUCCAAGGAAUCGGAUUAACGCGUAAAUAUGGAUCCACAGUCAGGGAAUUCCGCAUCUGCUGCUGGUUCCAAGAAAGACAAGAAAGCAAAGAAGAGCUAUGAGGAUGGAGAUGGAAAGAAGAAAUUUACACUGAAACGACUAAUUCCUGAUGAGCUGGAGCGUUUCACCAGCAUGAGGAUCAAAAAGGACAAGGAGAAGCCCGGUCAUGUGCCAGCUCAGCGUCACUCUUCAGCUGCCAGCUACGAGAUCAGUGCCCAGAGUGCCAUGCUUCAUGAUCUUUCUGAUGAUUAUGUCCUGGAACUAUUUGAACAGAUGCUGGUGGAUAUGAACUUAAAUGAGGAGAAACAGCAGCCUCUAAGAGAAAAGGACAUCAUAAUCAAACGGGAGAUGGUUUCCCAAUACCUCCACACCUCUAAAGCUGGACAAGACCAGAAGGAGAGCUCCAGAUCUCCUAUGAUGUACAUCCAGGAAUUAAAGUCAGAGUAUCGAGACUCACAGUUGUUGAGCUGUCUGGAAUCUCUCCGGGUUUCACUCAAUAAUAAUCCUGUGAGUUGGGUGCAGAACUUUGGAGGAGAGGGCUUGGCUCUGUUGUUGAACCUACUCAGAAGACUGCAGGAGGAGAAAGAGGAGUACUCAAUUAUGGGAGUGAAAUGUCAACACGAGAUCAUUCGCUGUCUCAAAGCCUUUAUGAAUAACAAGUAUGGUCUAAAAUCCAUGCUGGAGUCAAAGGAGGGAAUUCCUCUUCUGGUCAGAGCCAUUAACCCAAGGGUUCCUCAUAUGAUGGUGGAUGCUGUCAAGCUGCUUUCUGCCAUCUCCAUUUUGGAGCAUCCUGAAAAUCUUCAUGAGCGUGUUCUGGAGGCCAUCACAGAGGAGGCAGAGAAACAAGACAUUGAGCGGUUUCAGCCACUUAUGGAUGGCAUAAGUGUUCAAAACGUGGCUCUUAAGGGUGGCUGUAUGCAGCUGAUCAACGCAUUGAUCAGCCGGGGAGAGGAACUGGACUUCAGGAUUCAUAUUCGCUCUGAACUGCUAAGACUGGGACUUAGAGAUCUGCUGAAGGGGGUGAGGACAAUAGAAAAUGAAGAGCUGAGGGUGCAGCUUAGUGUGUUUGAUGAGCAGGCUGAAGAUGACUCUGAGGAGCUCAAAGCACGUCUUGAUGACAUCCGAAUCGAGAUGGAUGAUGUGAGGGAUGUGUUUGAGAUCCUUGUCAACACGGUAAAAGACUCAAAGGCUGAAAACAACUUUUUGUCCCUGCUGCAACACCUGCUGCUGGUCCGUAAUGAUUACAUGGCCAGGCCUCAGUACUACAAGUUGAUAGAUGAGUGUGUUGGUCAGAUUGUUCUUCACAGAAAUGGAGCGGACCCUGACUUCAAGUGCCGCCACCUCAGACUAGACAUUGAAGGCUUGAUUGAUAAUAUGGUGGACAAGACAAAGGUGGAAACCAGUGAGGCUAAAGCCACUGAGCUGGAAAAGAAGCUUGAUGCAGAGCUGACAGCACGCCACGAGUUGCAGGUGGAGCUGAAGAAACUGGAGGGUGACUAUGAGCAAAAAGUACAGGAGCUGUGUCAAGAGAAGGAACAGUUGACUUCCUCUAAGCUGGAGCGAGACAAAGAGAAUCAAAGACUCCAGCAGCAGCUCAGCACUCUACAGCAGCAGAUUGAAAAGCUGUCCCAGGAAUUGGAAGAAGCCAAGACUAAAAUUGUUACACUUUCUGUUACACCGCCAACAACUAAGGUGCCAUCUCUGCCUACUGCCUCACCUGCACCACCGCGUGAUGGGAGCCUACCUAUUCCACCACCAGCUCCUCCUCUCCCAGGACAUGCUAGUAUUCCGCCACCACCUCCCUUACCUGGUAUGCCAGGUCCUCCACCACCUCCCCCUCUCCCUGGCAUGCCAGGUCCUCCACCGCCUCCGCCACUCCCCGGUAUGCCAGGUCCUCCACCGCCUCCGCCACUCCCCGGUGUGCCAGGUCCUCCACCACCUCCGCCUCUUCCGGGUAUGUCGGGUCCUCCACCGCCUCCACCCUUACCUGGAAUGGGACCACCACCGCCACCACCACCACCUGGCGGUCCUGGUAUUCCUCCACCACCUCCAGGCUUUGGCAUGCCUCCACCUCCAUCAUUUGGCAUGGGGGCAUGGGGAGCUGCACCAGUUGUGCUACCCUUUGGCCUUCAGCCUAAGAAAGAAUAUAAACCUGAGGUUCAACUGAAGAGAGCCAACUGGAGCAAGAUUGGACCCGAAGACCUUUCCCAGAACAGUUUCUGGACCAAGUCAAAAGAAGACUGUUAUGAAAACGAUGAGCUGUUUGCCAAACUCACCUUGGCCUUUUCCUCACAGACUAAGACCACUAAAGCCAAAAAGGAGCAGGCUGGUGGAGAAGAAAAACAGGCUCAGAAGAAGAAGGUGAAGGAGUUAAAGGUUCUAGAUGCAAAGUCUUCACAGAACCUCUCCAUUUUUCUGGGAUCGUUCCGUCUUCCUUAUGAAGAGAUUAAGUGUGCCAUCCUUGAAGUUAAUGAAAAAAUCAUCACAGACUCCAUGGUUCAGAAUUUGAUCAAACAACUGCCUGCGCCCGAACAGCUAAGUGUCCUCGGGGAGAUGAAGGAUGAAUAUGAUGACCUGGCUGAGGCUGAACAGUUUGGAGUUGUGAUGUCCAGUGUGAAGCGGCUGAUGCCACGGCUUCAGGCCAUGCAGUUCAAGUUGCAAUUUGAUGAGCAUCUAAACAACAUAAAACCAGAUGUUGUGUCUGUGACAGCAGCUUGUGAGGAGGUUAGGAAUAGCCAGUCCUUCUCAAAACUACUCCAGAUCAUCCUCCUUGUUGGCAACUAUAUGAACUCCGGAUCCCGCAAUGGAAAAGCAUUUGGCUUCACAUUGUCAUACUUGUGCAAGUUAUGUGACACCAAAUCAGCUGAUCAUAAGCAGACGCUGCUCCACUUCCUUGUUGAUGUCUGCCAGCAGAAUCAUCCUGAUGUCAUGAGCUUCCCUGACGAGCUCAUCCAUGUUGAAAAGGCCAGCAGAGUUUCUGCUGAAACACUUCAGAAGAACCUGGAGCAGAUGGGCCGUCAGAUUAAGAACUUGCAGAAAGAUCUGGAUACUUUUCCUCCUCCACAGAGUGACAAGGAUUUGUUUGUGGAGAAAAUGUCCAGUUUUGUGGGAAGUGCCCUGGAGCAAUAUGAGAAGCUGGACCUCAUGCAUAAAAAUAUGGAAAAGCAAUACACUGACUUGGGAGAAUAUUUUGUUUUUAAUCCCAGAAAGAUCUCUGUAGAAGACUUUUUUGGGGACCUCAAUACCUUCAAAAACAUGUUCCAGCAAGCAGUGAAGGAGAAUCAGAAGAGAAAGGAGGCUGAAGAGAAGAUCAGGAAGGCCAAACUGGCCAGGGAGAAGGCAGAAAAGGAGAAGGAGGAGAAACUAAAGAAGAGCCAGCUCCUUGACAUCAACGCAGAGGGUGAUGAAACUGGUAUUAUGGAUGGGCUCUUGGAGGCGCUGCAGUCUGGUGCUGCUUUUAGACGAAAGAGAGGACCCCGGCAAGCAGCUAACCACAGAAGAGCUGGACAUGCUGUGACCAACAUUCUAGCCAAAGAACUGAUGCAGGAAGAAACCCCUUCAUCAAGUAAAUCACCUGCCAAGAAAAAGAAGGUGACAGAAGAGGCAGAGGAGCCUAAAACACAAGGGGCAGAGUCGUUGGAGGAGUUACUGGAGGCUGCACCUCCUCGAUCCAGUUAGACCACCUGGAUAAAAAGGCUUCCUAUGACAGAUCUACAGGAGUAUCAAUCAGAAAGAAACCCAGCUUCAUUUCUCAGCUGUUUUGGGGCCAAUUUCAACCUGAACAACAUCAUUUCAGCUUCAUGUUGCACCUCAACUUAACAGGACUGAUUUAGGAUAGAAACAACUGUAUGUUCUGGGAGGACGGGUUAAAGCAGGAGAUGAGGGCUUCUCUCUCUCUCUCUCUCUCUCUCUCGAAACCUUGAAGUCCUCUAUCAACCUUUGGAUCAUUGCCAAUAUCAUAUAAAUUUAAUGUUUUUCUCCAGCUUGUGCACAUAUCAUUUCUGUUUUUGUAUGUCUGCUUCAUUUAACUUCUCUGUUGUUCCAAAAAAAAAAAAAAUUGGGGGGAUUCCAGUUAUUCCUGCUUUUUACUCAUAGGUCCAAACCCUGAACGUACACUGGAAAUGUCUGCAGUUCGGCGCAGCCUGCAUGCACAGCUUAUUUUUUGUAGUAUGUUGUUGUUCCUAUCUGUGAUUGGUUUAUUUUUGUUGCUUCAAACAUCAAAAUAAUGCUUUACAAUUGAAUACUGUAUAUAAAUGUUAAUCACUUUUGCUGUAUUUUCCCCCCAAAAAGUGCCAACCAUUAGAAAUUCAGUUUUAUAAUUUCACUCACAGGUUUUUGCGCCCCCCACAUCAAGCUCACACACACAGUUUGUUAGGCGCCCGUGUGUAGAUCAGACCUAGAAACAGUCACAAGAGUGUGUGCUUCAAUGUGUUGUUUCUGAGAGGGAUUUACUUCACGUACAUCCAGGGCAUAGAACUUCCCUAAAGUUAAGUAUCACAUACAUUCAUGUAAGAGUGUGGAAAUUCAAUUAGUUUUGAACAUUUAUUUGGAAAAGGUGUAGCCAUGUUUCGAAACAGUCCUGUUACUUCCAGAGUGGGAGCUAGUUGUGAGGAAGUGUGGACUUCAUGAGUCAGAUGAACCAAAAACGGUUUUAUUUUUCACAGGGCAUAUCUGUACCAAUUUAGCUUGAGGAGUUUGCCUGGUUGUGUUUUUGUCUGAGGGUGUCUGCUCAGUAAGCAACCUAUAUUUAGUUUUCUGUUGUGCAUGUGUACUGUCUGUAAUUACUGUAUGGUACUGAGUCAGACCAUGUUGUCACAAACUCUAGCUUUUAUAAACAGCUCUGUGGUAUUUCUGCUAAGGAUGUUCCACACUGGAUAAACUGCCCAAAAACUGUUGAGACAAGUCUGUGUGUGUUUACACACUCCCACCUGAAUGUCUGCUCUUGCUACCAUUUGUAUUCAGUAUUGAUCAUCUUGUAUGGUUCCAUGGUGUUCUGUACCUGACAGGAGCGAGCGCUUCAAAUCCAUGCAAUAUUUAUAUCUAUGCAAAUGCUAGUGGUGCAUCUCAACAUCAGGAUGUAAGAGAGCCUGAGUGAAUGUCUUAUUUUCCUCUAUCAACUUGCUGAUUCCAGAUCACUGCUUCAUGAUGCUGGUAACAGAGGGAUGGCAUUUUUCCAAAUGUUAUCAUUUACGAGUUAAGAUCUUUUUUUUUUUUUUUUUUUCCUCUCAGGACUGUUCACUGUGGACAUGGAGAAACUCGCACUUACACAAAUUAAAGGGCAUAAUUUAACAAGUAGAUUUUUUGUGAUCAAUGGCUAGUAUUUCAAUUUAAUUCACUGAUGAUUAAACGUUUAUGUUGAGUGGAAGAAAGCACAUUUGAUUGCUGUCUGCACUUAAGCACAAACAUGCUGUUAUAUGUUUAAACUGCAGGCGCUGUGUCUGGAAUACUGUACUCUUCACUUGGACAGGCUUGUUUAAAUGACUGUUUACUGGAUAAUGAAAAGUGCAGAUAGAACGAGUAACAUCACUGGAAUAUAAUUUUUCUGGAAUGUCAUUCCUUGUUUAAUUGUCGUUCAUUUUUAAGAGAUGGUUUUGCUCUAAUUUUUUACAGUUUAUUUUAAUGCAUUUGAAUGGAAAGUUUUUUUUUUUCUGAGAUUGCUUUAUGUACACACAAUGAUGCACGUUGACAUUCUAUUUGCUACACAGAAUUAUUAAAAAUAUCCAGUAAUUUAAA